AUUUUGAUCUUAUAGGGAGAGGUGUGUUUGCACUUAAACACAUUGAAUCAUCCACAUUUGUUGUAGAAUAUCGUGGAAUACUGUGCCAAAGUAAAUAUGUUGAUGACAUUAAAGGCAACUACUUGUUCGAUUUCACAUGGAAUGGAGCACAUUAUUGCAUAGAUGCUUCAAAAGAGGAUGGAUCGCUAGGACGACUGGUGAACGAUGAUCACAAAAAUCCAAACUGCAAAGUCAAGACGGUUGUUGUUGAGGGAAAGCCGCACCUGUGUCUAUUUAGUCUAAGAGACAUUUGUCCAGAUGAAGAAAUUACUUACAAUUAUGGGGAUUCCUCUUGGCCCUGGCGUUCAGUAGAAUUGUGUGAUGAGAUAUCGGUGGCCGUAGAUGAAUCCAUUGAGGGUCCUUCCUCAUCAAGAAAAGAGAAAGAAUUGUGUGAUGAGAUAUCGGUGGCCGUAGAUGAAUCCAUUGAGGGUCCUUCCUCAUCAAGAAAAGAGAAUGAAUUGUGUGAUGAGACAUCGGUGGCCGUAGAUGAAUCCAUUGAGGGUCCUUCCUCAUCAAGAAAAGAGAAAGAAUUGUGUGAUGAGAUAUCGGUGGCCGUAGAUGAAUCCAUUGAGGGUCCUUCCUCAUCAGGAAAAGAGAAAUGCCAUCAUGAAGUUCAUUGCGCAGUAAUAUCCAGUUUGGAUUCUUGUGUAAAUUGCAGUGGACCCGUUUCUAGUCGAAAAUGGCUUGGCUUAACAUGCAAAUUGUGUUCAAGAUCAUGGCACAAAACCUGCUUCAUGAAGAAUGAGAAAUCGAUGGAUGUUACAUUUUCCAGUUCUGAAGAAAGCAGUUCUGAUGAAGAGUAUACUCCUCACGCUGAAAACAGCAUUGAUGAAUCCUCUGAUGAAUUCAUCCCAGAUUCAAGACAAAACAGCGACAGUGGUGAUAGUCUAACUAUCAAUACAAGGAAUCCACCAUAUUGUAAGACCACUCAACUAUUUUCAGAGUCUAAGAAGGCAGAGAGUGUGUCUCAACCCACUCACUGUUCAUCCACUGAGCAAGAUAUGGUUAGUGACAAAUCCAGCUCUGCUCAAGAUCUCGUAUGUAAUGAUCACGACACUACCACAAGGAAUAUGGAGAUGCUUCAGAGUUUUAAGAAAAUACCAAAAGAGUCUUGUGAUAAACAGUCAAACCUCAAAGACACUUUUUCCACCCACAAAAAUUACUGUUAUGUGUGCAAGAAACCUCAGUCUAAAAUUGCUCGUCACUUUAAAAAGCAUGAAGACAGUGAAACGGAAAUUGCGGCUGCAUUUCUGCUUCCUAAACACUCCAAGGACAGAAAAAGGUUACUUGAGAAUCUUCGAAACAGAGGCAACUAUGAACAUAAUCAAGAGGUUAUGGCAAAUAAGAGUGGACCACUGAAGGUUAGAAGACGACCAGUAAGAUCCGAGAUCGAAUUGAGUACCAAAACAUACGUGCACUGCAUAUACUGUAAAGGCCUGUUUGUUCGCAAGGAGUUGUGGCGCCAUACACGGAGAUGUUCUUCAAAGAUUUGUUCCGAGUCUGAAGCAACUGGUAAGGCUAAAGUUCUAGUUUUGGCUGACAUUGCAGAGUCAACAUUCUCUCAAGCAAUCUCUCCUGAAGUGUGGAAAAUCUUGGGAAAUAUGAAGAAUGAUGACAUUUCAUCUGUUGUUCGAAAUGAUUUUCUCAUACUGCAGUUGAGUCAGAGUCUUUACAACAAACACGGAAGUGAUCCAACAAAAUUUGAAUACAUCAGACAGAAGGUACGGGAAGUGGGCAGACUCUUGCUAAGCAUGAAAAAAAAAUUCUCCAUACUUAGCUUUGAAGAUGCUUUGAAGCCAAACAAUUUUUACAAAGUCAUUGAGGCCGUGAAAGAUGUUGCUGGUUAUGAAGAAAAGAGCCACUCGUAUAAGACACCAAGUCUUGCGCUAAAGUUAGGACAUUCACUUAACAAAAUUGCUGACAUCAUUCUCUGCAGGGCCAUCGCAGGAGAGGAUGAUGCUCUGACGAAAGCAGCAGAGCGAUUCAAAAGACUUUGCUCAAGUGAAUGGGCAGAACAUGUCUCCCAUGCUGCUCUUGCUACUUUAAGCAAAUCAAAGUUCAACAAACCAUCUACCAUACCAUUCACACAUGAUGUGCAGCUUCUCCACCAGUGCCUAGAGAAGAAAUCAGCUGAUGCUUUUGAAAACCUGAAAAACCAAGAGUCUUCACAGGCAUACGCAGAACUCACCAAAGUGACACUGGCACAAGUAAUCAUCUUUAACCGGCGUCGUGCAGGAGAAGUUUCAAAAAUGACACUUGAGUGUUUUAUGAAAAGAGACCAAACUGAGCUCCACGAGGACAUAGCUCUUGGUCUGUCUCCGUUUGAGCAAAAAAUGUCCAAGCAUUUUAGCAGAGUAGAAAUAAUGGGCAAAAAAGGGAGAAAAGUUGCUGUUCUGCUAAGCCCUGAUCUUGUUGGAGCAAUACAACUUCUUGUGGACAAGAGAGAUUCAUGUGAAGUAGAUGGGGACAACCCCUUUCUAUUUGCAAGACCAAAGUGUUCAGCCACCAGUUUCUUCAGGGGACAAGACUGCAUCAGGCUUUUUGCAAAUCAGUGUGGUGCCCAGAACCCUGAAUAUCUCAGAUCUACACAACUCCGUAAGCAGGUUGCAACAAUGUCCCAGAUUCUUAAUCUAAAGGAUAAUGAGCUGGAUCAGCUUGCCAACUUUUUGGGCCAUGACAUUCGGGUCCAUAGAGACUAUUAUCGGUUGCCAGAUGCAACUAUAGAAAUUGCAAAAAUCUCAAAGCUGCUUCUGGCAAUGGAGAAAGGAACCCUUGCAAGUUUCCAAGGAAAGUCUCUUAGUGAAAUUGAGAUUGAAGAUGAAAUUGAUCCUGAAUUAGACGACGAAGAAGAAAGUGAUGAAGACGGCGAAGAAUCGGAUUCUCUCCAUAGAGUAAAUGGUAUGUAAUAAAUUUUAAUCAUGUGUGCAUCAGUAAUGUAAUGUAUUCACUACAUGUCUAUCUUCAGUCUUCAUGCAGACUUGCAAGUGUUAUCUUUCUAGUCUACAACCCCAAAACAGAAAAAGUUGGGACACU